AUGGGCUGCCUACUUCCGACUUACUCCUUCCUUUUGCUCAUGGGGUUUCUCCUGGCUGGGCCGGGCCGGGCUCAUCCGGUGACGUGGAGUCCCUCCAGCCAAGAUUUGCAAGCUCUACAGCACCUCCUCGAUCGGCUGCGAGAAAAGAUCCAGCAGGAGGACCUGGAGCUUCCUGACUACGAAGCCAGGGGCGCGAGCGAAGACAGCGAUGAUCCUGACCUGGAAGACGCCGAGAUCCUCCCUUCCCACCUGCCCAAACUCACCGACCCCCUCUCUCAGGCCCAAUGGAGGCAGUUCCUGGUGGCGUCGAGGAGGUACUUCUCCGGAUGCUUCGGAAUCCGGCUGGAUCGGAUCGGUACCCAGACGGGACUCGGCUGCAAGUCCUUCAAACCCCGAAAACCCUACAUCACUCCAGACAAAGGGUUGUCCAACAUCUAUGCAGACCUCGGGAUCAACUUUCACUCAGGGCUGGUGGGAAAGAAAAGGGUCUAA